AUGGGAUAUUCCAUAAUUGUACACGUAUACGUGCGCGCAGGCAACCGCUGCAUCGACACGCGGCGCGAGGUGUGCUAUGCGGAGUACGCGGCGGGGCGCUGCGGCGGCGAGCUGGCGGCCGUGCGCCGCGCCGUGUGCUGCUGCUCCGCGCUGGGCCGCGCUUGGGGCGACGCGCGCUGCGAGCCCUGCCCCAAGAAAGGAACUGACGCAUAUCGAAACUUGUGUAUCGCGGACGUGGGCACGUCGCCCACGGUGUGGGAGCGGCCGGGGCCGGGCGCGCCCAACCGCACCGACCUGUGGGGCGCGGGGGGAGGCGCGGGCGGCGCGGGCGGCGGCUGGGACCUGGACGCGGGCUCGCUGUUCGGCAACGACAGCCUGGAGCACUGGGGCCCGGGGGGCCCCGGCCUCGUGCCCGGCCAGAUGGAGGUCAACGAGUGCGCCGCCUUCCCCGGCCUCUGCGGCCACGGCCGGUGCAAGAACAUGCUCGGCAGCUUCACCUGUGAAUGUUUCCCCGGAUAUGAGAAAGACUCCAAGAACCACUCGUGCGUGGACGUGAACGAGUGCGAGAUCGUGGACGAGGUGUGCGGCGCGGGCGAGUGCCGCAACACGGAGGGCGGCUUCGCGUGCCGCUGCCAGCCCGGGUACACCAACGACGACCUCUCCAAAGUCUGCGUCGAUGUGAACGAAUGCGCGGAGAACCCGUCGCUGUGCCGCGGCGGGCGCUGCGUCAACACGCCGGGCUCCUUCCGCUGCGAGUGCGCGCCCGGCAUGGAGCUGGCGCCCGACCGCCUCUCCUGCAAGGACGUGGACGAGUGCUCCAUCACCUCCGGCAUCUGCAGCAACGGCGCGUGCGAGAACCUGAUGGGCACGUACCAGUGCGUGUGCGACGAGGGCUACGCGCAGACCAGCGUCAAGUCGCACUGCGACGACAUCGACGAGUGCGCCGAGGACGCCACGCGCUGCCAGCACGACUGCGUCAACACGCCCGGCUCCUACCACUGCACCUGCAGGGAGGGCUGGCACCUGCGCGCGGACGGGCGCACGUGCCGCGACGUGGACGAGUGCAGCGGCGCGCGCGUGUGCGGCGGCGGCGCCUGUCGCAACACGCCCGGCGGCUACCUGUGCGAGUGCGGCGAGGGCCUGCUGCCCGCGCCCGCGCCGGCCAAGCCCACCUGCCUCGACGUCGACGAGUGCACAGACAUCCCGGAGCUGUGCGGCGCGGGCGAGUGCCGCAACACUAUCGGCAGCUUCGUGUGCCGCUGCCCCGACGGCUACAGCGUGAAGCCCGAGCUCGGGCCCGCCUGCUCCGACGACGACGAGUGCGAGCUCGGCACCUGCGACUGCCACCCCGCCGCCGACUGCAUCAACCUGCCCGGCUCGUUCCAAUGCCGCUGCCGCGACGGCUGGCGCGGCGACGGCGCGGAGUGCGAGGACGUGGACGAGUGCCUCAGCAACAACGGCGGCUGCCACCCGCGCGCCGCCUGCCGCAACACCGACGGCUCCUUCCUCUGCCUCUGCGAGACCGGCUACAAGGGCGACGGCUACUCGUGCGUGGACAUCGACGAGUGCGCGAACGACCCGACGCUGUGCGAGAACGGGCACUGCAGCAACACGCCCGGCGGCUACGAGUGCGACUGCGACGUCGGCUUCACCAAGUCGCCCGACGGCAAGUCCUGUCUCGACAUGGACGAGUGCGCGACGUUCGACAACGUGUGCGUGUUCGGGCGCUGCGUCAACACCUACGGCAUGUUUAAGUGCAUCUGCGACAAGGGCUACCAGUCCGACAGCGUCGACGACUUGAUGCCGGGCUUCAACUGCACGGACGUGGACGAGUGCAAGUCGCCGCAGUCGUGCCAGUACGGCACGUGCGUCAACACGCAGGGCUCCUACAUCUGCCGCUGCCCGCCCAACUACGACCUCGUCUCCGAUGGAACUGCCUGUUAUGAUUCCAGAAAAGCUCGUUGCUACAGCAAGGUCGAUCUACGGUCAGGAACUGAGCAGUGUCGUGACAGCGACGAGUUGUCUGAAGAUGGUACUAUGGCGGCUUGUUGCUGUUCAGUCGGUGCUGCUUGGGGUAACUACUGUGAUCUCUGCCCUGAACCUGGCUCAGAAGCAUAUAGACAACUGUGUCCCGGUGGACCCGGUUAUCAACCUAUUUUGGAACCGCCGUCGUACGUGGUGACGCUGGCGGACAUCGACGAGUGCGCGGCGCACCCGGCGCUGUGCGCGCACGGCACCUGCACUAACACGUUCGGCUCGUUCGUGUGCACGUGCGGCGCCGGCUGGGCGCUGGCCGGCGAACGCUGCGAGGACGUGGACGAGUGCGCCGCCGACGUGUGCGGGCCCGGCGUGUGCCGCAACCUGCCCGGCUCCUACGUCUGCCUCUGCCCCGAGGGAUACGUCGCCAUGCCCAACGGCAAGGAGUGCGUGGACGUGCGCCAGCGCCAGUGCUACAUGGACUGGGAGCCGCAGACGGAGAGCUGCUCGUCGGCCGUGGGCGUGCCGCAGACCAAGUAUCUGUGCUGCUGCUCCGUGGGGCGCGCGUGGGGCGCACCCUGCGAGCCCUGCCCCGACAAGGGCUCGCCCGACCACAUCGCGCUCUGCGGCGAGAAGCCCGGCGAGUACAUCAACCCCAUGACCAACGAGACGCGCCCCAUCGACGAGUGCGACAUCAUGCCGCAGCUCUGCAAGCCCGGCACCUGCCACGACACGCCCACCGGCUUCCAGUGCGGCUGUGACCACGGAUAUGAGCACGACAACACGUCGCACCUGUGCCGCGACGUGGACGAGUGCGCGGCGCGGCCGGCGCCGUGCCGCGGCCUGGCGCAGUGCGUCAACACGCCCGGCGCCUUCGAGUGCCGCUGCCCGCCCGGCUACCGCCUCGGCGCCUCGCUCGACGAGUGCGACGACGUGGACGAGUGCGCCGACCGCCGCCUCUGCGACCACGGCGACUGUCGCAACACCAUCGGAUCCUAUCGGUGCGAGUGCAAGGCGGGCUACACGCUACGCGACAACGCGUGCCGCGACGUGGACGAGUGCGCGCGGCCGCGCCCGCUGUGCCGCAACGGCACCUGCGAGAACGUACCCGGCUCCUACCUCUGCCACUGCGAUGAGGGGUUCAAGCCCGGAGCUAAUAACGACUGUAUAGACAUCAACGAGUGCCGCGAGGGCGGCGCGGUGUGCCGCAACGGGCGCUGCCGCAACACGGCAGGCUCGUUCCGCUGCGAGUGCGCCGCGGGCUACGCGCUGGCGGGCGACGGCCGCAACUGCCGCGACGUGGACGAGUGCGCCGAGCUGCCCGCGCCCUGCGGCCGCGACGGCGCGCCCGCCUGCACCAACACUAACGGCGGGUACGAGUGCUCGUGCGGCGCGGGCUGGCGGCUGGCGGGGCGGCGCUGCGUGGACCGCGACGAGUGCAAGGAGCUGCCCUACGUGUGCGCCGGCGGCGACUGCCACAACUUCAAUGGCGGAUACCGGUGCGACUGUCCCGCCGGGUGGAGGUUCGACAAGGCGGCGGCCAUCUGCGUGGACGAGCGCAAGGAGCUCUGCUACGACGAGUGGGACGCCGGGCGCUGCCACCGCGCGCGCCCGCUGCAGCUCGGCCGGCCCGAGUGCUGCUGCUCGGAAGGAGCGGCGUGGGGCAGAUACUGCGAGCGCUGCCCCAGCCCUGAGUCGGCGGAGUUCCUGCGCAUCUGCCAGGGCGGCAUGGGGCGGCCCAACCUCACGCAGGACCUGGACGAGUGCCGCGUGCGGCCCGACGUGUGCCGCGGCGGGCGCUGCGUCAACACGGACGGCUCGUUCCGCUGCGAGUGCCCGCCCGGCUACGCGCUGGACGCGGCGGGGCUCGCCUGCGUUGAUGCCGACGAGUGCGCCGCCGACCCGCGCGUGUGCGGCAACGGCACCUGCACCAACACGCCCGGCGGCUACGAGUGCCGCUGCAACCAGGGCUUCACGCAGGGACCUGACCAGACGUGCGUGGACAUCGACGAGUGCGCGGAGGGGCGCGCGGCGUGCUCGUUCCGCUGCCACAACACGGCGGGCUCGUUCCGCUGCACCUGCCCCUUCGGCUACCGCCUGGCGCCCGACGGCGUGCACUGCCGCGACGUGGACGAGUGCGCCGACCGCGAGCGCGCCGCCUGCGCGCACGCCUGCGAGAACGUCGUCGGCUCCUACAUAUGCAAGUGCCCCGAAGGCUACAGGCGCACGUCGGCGCCGCACGACGCGCCCGACGCCUGCGAGGACAUCGACGAGUGCGCGGCGGCCGACGGCGGCGAGCUGUGCGCGCCCGGCGUCUGCAUCAACACGGACGGCGGCUACGCCUGCGACUGCGACGCCGGCUACGAGCCCAGCGACGACGGCCGCGCCUGCCUCGACCGGCGCACGGGGCUGUGCCACCGCUCGCUGGUGGAGGGGCAGUGCGUGCCGGAGCCGUGGCCGCGCGCGCUCGCCUCCACGCCCGCGCCGCCCACACAGCUCACCAAAGCGCAAUGCUGCUGCACCCUGGGGGUGGCGUGGGGCCCGGAGUGCGAGCUGUGCCCGGCGCCCGGCAGCCCCGAGCGCCUGCAGCUGUGCGCGCGCACCAACCUCUUCCCUGGUACUAUCGGCGGCGGCGGCGUCAUCGGUGGCGGCAGCGAGACUGGCCUCAUACCCGACAUAUACGGUGACGUGGACGAGUGCGCCGCCAUGCCCGAGCUUUGUGCUCCCGGACGGUGCAUUAAUACUAUUGGAAGUUUCCGGUGCGUGUGCGGGCGCGGCUACAAGGCGGCGGGCGCGGUGUGCGCGGACGUGGACGAGUGCGCGCGGCGGCCGGCGCCGUGCGGCCAGCGCUGCCGCAACACGCGCGGCUCCUACGCCUGCGAGUGCCGUGCCGGCUACGAGCUGGACGAGGACGGCGCCGACUGCCGCGACGUGGACGAGUGCGCCACCGGCGCGCACACCUGCCAGCAGCUCUGCGCCAACACCGACGGCUCCUUCGAGUGCUCCUGCAACGACGGCUACGAGAAGCGCGGCGACGCCUGCGUCGAUAUCAACGAGUGCCACGAGGAGGGCCUGUGCCCGCCGCCCGGCAAGUGCGUGAACCUGCUCGGCUCGUACCGCUGCGUGUGCCCGCGCGGGUUCCGCCUCGACGUGUCCGGCGCGCGCUGCCUCGACCGCGACGAGUGCGAGGACGGGCGCUGCCAGGCGCCCUGCCGCAAUUACGCCGGCGGCUACCGCUGCGAGUGCCCGCCGGGCUCGGUGCGCGCGCCCGGCGGAGCCUGCUCGCCCGUGGACGCGUGCGCCGGCGCGCCGUGUGGCGACGCGCCGUGCGUGCCGCUGGCGGGCGCCUACCGCUGCGGCUGCCCCGCCGGCUACGGCUGGGACGCGGCGCACGGCGUGUGCCUGCAGCUGGCGGGCGGCUGCGCGGCGGCCAGCUGCCUGUUCGGCUGCACGGCGCAGGGCGACGGCUACCAGUGCGGCUGCCCGGCGGGCUACGCGCUGGUGGGCGCCGGCCACUGCCUCACGGCGCUGGACGGCGCGCUGGCGGCCGACGACAUCGGCGCCGCGCCCGUGUUCCCGCUGCGCGAUCAGUACCGCCUCGCCGGCGCCGACCUCAUCUCCACCGAGGGGUGCUUCAGCUGCAAGGUGAACGGACGUAGACGGAGAGCUCCCGAAGAAGGUAUAAUCUUUGCGAAUGGAACGACAUUAGUGAGACGGCAAAGGAGACGCAGCAGACGUCGCCGUUCUAUUCUGGAGCCGGAAGCGGAGCUGGUAGUGGUGAGCGCGACGCCGCAGCAGACGUGGGGGCGCGCGCCGCUGCUGCGCCUGCUGCCGGCCGCCGGCGCCGGCCGCGCGCACUACCGCGUGGCGUACGGCGACCCGCGCGGCGACUUCGCGCUGAGCCGCCGCGACGGCACCUGGGCGCUGCGCCUGCGCCGCCACCUGCGCGCCGCCGACGCGCUGGAGCGCCAGCUGGAGCUGGAGGCGCGCGUGGUGCUGCCCCGCCCGCGCCCGCGCGCGCGCCGCCACGCACCCGACGCGCCCGACGCGCCCGCGCCGCUGCGCCUCUACGUGUCGGUGCGCAUCGCGCCCCGCCCCCGCCCCCAG